AGCCAAUAAAUGAUGUAUUGAUAACAUCCUCUCUAUGAACUGAUAUGAAUUUCCUCAGAAUACUGCACAUAAAAAAAGAUGGCUGGCUAAUAAAUCCCCUGCUGUUUCCCCGGCUGCUGUCACCCAGUCCGCAUCUGACAAACUCCAGUCCAGGCUUUUGUGACGCCUCUGCCCUGUGUAGUUGCCCGCACACGGCAGCCUGCUCCCGGCCGAAGCACUGGCUGGCUUCUCUUACUGGAAGUCUGCCGUUCAUCGCUUCCUCCUCUACCCGGUGAGAGCGCUCCAAUUCGGCUUCCAAACUUCUCGCCUACGGACGGAGCACAAGCCGUUUACAGAGCCACUAAGCCUCCACUUACACUUUUAUUUUGUUUCCUGCCACAAGAGGUGACUAAAUGUCGCCGGCUCGAUUCGAGCAAAUGUGUUGACGAAACCGGACAAAGCGGCUUUUGGCUAUGGAAGUGCGCCCCUGGAAGAGAGGCACGGCCGGGCUGAGAGUGAGAGGAAGACCUGUCGCUGAGUGAGAACCAGCCCGACUCCCAUGAAGAAGGGCAUGACUCAGAGCCCAAGAUCCUCUCAGGACUCACCAUCAUAUUCUAUCUGACUUUUUUUCUUUUUCUUAUUAUUUUUUUUUCCCCAUUUUGACUUUAUUCCGCCUGGCUUCGCUGCAAGGUGAGAGGAUCCACGAUGACCAUUUCUAAGAGCGUUUGGAUUGGACUUUUUUAGAAGCCAUUUGUCACGACACAAAAACCUGUAAUAGACCACCGACACUUGGCACCAUGUGGAAACUACACACCUUGUGCUGGCUUGUCGCGCUGGCCCAAUUCCACUCCACUGAGGGAUUCAGUCGGGCUGCCCUGCCAUUUGGCUUAGUACGAAGAGAGCUGUCUUGUGAGGGUUACCCCAUCGAUCUGCGCUGUCCAGGAAGUGAUGUCAUAACGAUCGAAAGCGCCAACUAUGGGCGAACAGAUGAUAAGAUCUGCGAUGCUGACCCUUUCCAGAUGGAGAAUAUCAACUGCUAUCUUCCAGAAGCAUACAAGAUCAUGUCACAGAGAUGCAACAAUCGGACCCAGUGUAUUGUGAUUACGGGUUCUGACGUCUUCCCAGACCCUUGUCCAGGAACUUACAAGUAUCUGGAGGUCCAGUAUGAGUGUGUGCCCUACAGUCCAUGCCCAACCAGAAUAGGAGCAAGAACACAGAAUGUGUCCUAUCGCAACUGUCCUGAAGUGGAGCAAAAAGUUUUUCUAUGUCCUGGGACUCUGAAAGCUGUUGGGGAACCCUCCUUUCAAUUUGAAGCAGAGCAACAAGCUGGUGCCUGGUGCAAAGAUCCACUUCAAGCUGCUGACAAGACCUACUUCAUGCCUUGGACUCCUUAUAGGACAGACACUCUUAUUGAAUAUUCUUCCCUGGAUGACUUCCAAAAUGCUCGGCAAACAAUUACCUACAAGUUGCCCCACCGAGUGGAUGGGACUGGAUUUGUGGUUUAUGAUGGUGCUGUGUUUUUCAACAAAGAGCGCACCCGCAACAUAGUCAAGUUUGACCUGCGAACUCGAAUCAAAAGUGGGGAAGCGAUCAUCAACAAUGCCAAUUACCAUGACACGUCACCCUAUAAAUGGGGUGGUAAAACAGACAUUGACCUGGCUGUGGAUGAGAACGGCUUGUGGGUAAUCUACGCAACAGAGCAGAACAAUGGCAUGAUAGUAAUCAGCCAGUUAAAUCCCUACACACUCCGUUUUGAGGCUACGUGGGAGACGGCCUAUGACAAACGAUCUGCCUCCAAUGCCUUCAUGGCCUGCGGAGUACUCUAUGUGGUCCGCUCCACCUAUGAAGACAACGAAAGCGAAGUCAGCAAGAGCAUGAUCGAUUAUAUCUACAACACUAAGCAGAACCGUGGAGAAUAUGUUGAUAUCCACUUUCCCAACCAGUACCAGUACAUUGCAUCUGUGGAUUAUAAUCCGCGAGAUAACCAACUCUAUGUGUGGAAUAAUUUUUACAUCCUGAGAUAUAAUCUGCAGUUCGGGCCACCUGAUCCAGUUUAUGGUCCACCUUUAUCUCAAGCCACCGUAUCCCCCCAGCCUCUGAGAACUACAACCACCACCACAACAACUACAGUGCACCGGGGUGUGGCCAACAACACCACCACCACAACAGGGCCCAAGGAGGGCAGCAAGGGAGCGGCCAGGCCUCCUCCUGCGAUUUUGCAGACUACAUCCCCUCCGCCCCUCGAGUCGUUCCCUUUGCCCGAGCGCUACUGUGAGGCCACCGAGAGAAGAGAGAUCAUGUGGCCUCAGACCCAGCGGGGCAUGCUGGUGGAGCGACCUUGUCCCAAGGGAACGCGAGGCACAGCAUCUUAUUUAUGUGUACGUUCCACUGGGGCCUGGCACCCUAAGGGCCCCGAUCUCAGCAACUGUACCUCUCACUGGGUUAACCAGGUUGCCCAGAAGAUCCGCAGUGGUGAAAACGCAGCAAACCUAGCUAACGAGUUAUCAAAGCACACGAAAAGUCCCAUCUACGCAGGAGACGUCAGUUCUUCUGUGCGCCUCAUGGAGCAGCUGGUGGACAUCCUGGAUGCACAGCUGCAGGAACUCAGACCUAGUGAGAAGGACUCUGCAGGACGGAGCUUCAAUAAGCUUCAAAAACGAGAAAGGACAUGCAGGGCAUACAUGAAGGCCAUUGUGGAUACGGUAAAUAACCUCCUUCGACCAGAAGCUUUAAAGUCCUGGCAGGACAUGAACAGCACGGAGCAGACGCAUGCUGCCACCAUGUUACUGGACACCUUAGAGGAAGGCGCCUUCGUCCUCGCCGACAACCUGAUGGAGCCCACCAUCGUCAAAGUUCCUGCAGACAAUAUAAUUUUGGACGUCUACGUUCUCAGCACAGAUGGUCAGGUGCAAGAUUUUAAAUUCCCACAAUCCAACAAGGGGGGUAUCUCCAUUCAGCUUUCGGCCAAUACCGUCAAACUCAACAGUCGCAAUGGAGUUGCCAAGCUGGUGUUUGUUCUCUACAAGAACCUUGGUCAAUUCCUCAGUACAGAAAACUCCACGAUUAAGAUGGCCAAUGACGCUUACGGACGCAACGUGUCUGUCAACUCUGACAUCAUCGCUGCUUCAAUCAACAAAGAAUCUAGCCGAGUCUUCAUCAACGACCCGGUGGUUUUUACCCUGGAGCACAUAGAUAUGGAGCACUACUUCAACUCCAAUUGCUCCUUCUGGAAUUAUUCCGAGAGGAGUAUGAUGGGCCACUGGUCCACGCAAGGCUGCAAGCUGCUGGAGUCCAAUAAAACACACACGUCCUGCUCCUGCAGCCACCUAACUAACUUCGCCAUCCUCAUGGCCCACCGAAAAAUCCCGGUCAACAGAUCACAUGAGCUGCUGUUGACUAUCAUCACCCGCGUGGGCAUCGUUGUGUCGCUCAUCUGCCUAAGCAUGAGCAUCUUCACAUUUUGCUUCUUCAGAGGCCUGCAGAGCGAUCGCAACACCAUUCACAAAAACCUCUGCAUUAAUCUCUUCCUCGCAGAGUUAAUAUUCCUAAUUGGUAUCGAUAUGACAGAGCCCAGGAUUGGCUGUGCAAUCAUUGCGGGGAUCCUACAUUUCUUCUUCUUGGCUUCGUUCUCCUGGAUGUGUUUAGAGGGAGUACAGCUAUACCUCAUGCUCGUGGAAGUCUUUGAAAGUGAAUACUCACGGAAAAAGUACUACUAUGUGUCUGGGUACCUCUUUCCCGCCAUCAUAGUGGGCGUGUCGGCAGUAAUCGACUACAGAAGCUAUGGGACAGAAAAAGCGUGUUGGCUAAGUGUGGAUAAUCAUUUCAUCUGGAGUUUCAUAGGACCUGUCACCUUUAUCAUCAUGCUCAAUCUGAUCUUCCUGGUCAUCACCAUGUACAAGAUGGUGAAGCACUCAACCACCCUGAAACCAGACUCAAGUAGACUGGAGAAUAUCAAUAAUUAUCACGUUUGUGACGGCUACUAUAAUACCGAUUUGCCUGGCUAUGAAGAUAAUAAACAGUUUAUCAAAUCCUGGGUCAUGGGGGCCUUUGCUCUUCUAUUUUUGCUGGGCCUUACGUGGUCCUUCGGCCUCUUCUUCAUCAAUGAGGCCUCCAUUGUUAUGGCGUAUCUCUUCACCAUAUUUAACGCCUUCCAGGGGAUGUUUAUUUUUAUUUUCCACUGCCUCCUACAGAAAAAGGUCCGCAAGGAAUACAGCAAGUGCUUUCGUCACACAUACUGCUGUGGAAGGUUGCCAACUGAGAGCUCGCACGGCUCGGCCAAGACUUCGACUACACGGACAAGCGCACGCUACUCUUCUGGUACCCAGAGUCGAAUCAGGAGAAUGUGGAAUGACACCGUAAGAAAGCAAUCUGAGUCCUCCUUUAUCUCAGGUGACAUCAACAGCACCUCCACCCUUAACCAAGGAAUGACUGGGAAUUAUCUACUAACAAAUCCUCUUCUUCGACCACAAGGCUCUAACAACCCUUAUAACACCUUACUGGCUGAGACAGUUGUGUGUAACACCCCCACGGCACCAGUGUUUAACUCUCCAGUGACCUACAGAGAGACAAGGCACUCACUGAACAAUGUGGUGAGGGAUACAAGUGCAAUGGAUACACUACCGCUAAAUGGUAACUUUAACAACAGCUACUCACUCCGCAGUGCGGACUUUGGAGACAGUGUACAGGUGGUGGACUGCGGACUCAGUCUGGAUGACGCUGCCUUCGAGAAAAUGAUCAUCUCUGAGCUUGUUCACAAUAACCUGCGUGCCUGUAACAAAAGCCACCAACAGCAACAACAGCAGACCCCCAAUUUGCAUCACCCUUCCCACCACCACCACCAUCCGCAGCAGCAGCACCCGCCGCCAUUGCAGUACCAUCACCAUCACCACCACAAGACGGAGCAGGCUCCACCCAAGGUGACGGUGGUGGGCGGCAGCUGCGGCAAAGAUGACGCCAUCGUCGCUGAUGCUUCUUCUUUGGUGCGCAUGCGCCAAGCCGUGGGCCUCGAGCUGCAUCACCAUCAUGAGCUCGAGGCGCCACUCAUCCCUCAACGGACUCAUUCGCUUCUGUACGCCCCUGAAAAGAAGGUAAGAACCGACGGGGGAACAAACACCAUUGUGAGCCAGCUGACACCCGACAACAACGACCAGGAUAGUUUGCAAUCUCCAAACAGGGACUCCUUGUACACUAGCAUGCCGAAUUUGAGGGACUCUCCUUAUCCCGAGAGCAGUCCGGAAGUUGCGGAGGACUUGUCCCCAUCCAAGAAGAGCGAGAAUGAGGACGUUUACUACAAGAGCAUGCCUAAUUUAGGAGCUGGCAACCAGCUGCAGGCUUAUUACCAGAUAGGCAAAGGGACAAGUGAUGGUUACAUUAUUCCCAUCACUAAAGACGAUUGCAUACCAGAAGGCGACGUACGAGAAGGACAAAUGCAGCUCGUCACAAGCCUUUAAAUGUAUUGCAAUGAACACCCAAACCUCCUCCUGAACAUUUUCAGCCGUGAACAUUUGGUGGACAACUAGCGAAGGAAGUAGGUGUGUCAUUUGAACUAUCCAUCGACCACUCGUUCUCCCCAAACACGUCAUUCUUCCACUCUUUUCAGCCAUUGCUAUACUACGUUUUAAUAAAAGUGUACAUAAAAUACAGAGUCAAAUUUUCAUUUUUAGAGAUAAGCCAAUUAUGUAUUUAAAUGUGCUGCUGCUGUCAAAAAAAGUAUAAUACCAUAGGACGUAAAAAGGACAAAAAAAAAAAAAAACUGAAUUUUACUUGAUCCCUCAGAAAAGCAUUUACAAAGGUUGUACAUACACUUCCCAAGGUUUCGUGUUUUUGUUGAGGUUUUUUUUUUUCCUUUGGUCUGUUUUUGAUUGUGGACAAAAUGACACUCAUGGACAAGGACGUUGACUCAACCCUGCCCCUGACCCCCGAAAGGAAUAUAUAUGGUUCUGAUCACCCUUCAUCCCCUUGCUGUUUCGAUUGUAUGAUCACUAGCAAUCAAGCCCUGGCCUUAUAUUUUCUCAACUGUACAAUAAACUGUUGUCAAGAAUAAUGGCUAUAAAAAUAUAUAUUUUGUUGUAUGGCUGAUGUAAAAUAGAUUCUUGGCAAAACCUUAAUUAUUGAGAAAGUGUUUAACUUCAAAAUUUACCAUUUGAGAGAUUGUCUAGAGGCUAUAUACAGUAUAGUGGUUCCAACGGUUGAUUCAUUGGUAGUCAGUUUGAACAUUUAAGGCUUAUGUAAAGACAGACAAAAAAAUACAUGGAUGCUUCAUCACUUUUUCCACCUGUCAACAAUGUUUAUACUGUUAGGAUUUUAUUAUCACCCUCUCAAAUAUGUUGAUUUGAUAUUGCCAGAUUAGCAUUACUUUAUGCAUAAAUACAGUACAUAUUUUAACCGUUAUGACAAAGUGAUGGGCAGUUUGAAAAUUAAUAUUUUUUGGGGUUGUUCUGAAUCAUGAAGUACUUUCACUGCCUCUGUUUGAACAGUUUAUUUAUUAAAUCUUUUUUAAUGAAUGGGAAAUAUUUCUCAGCACUGGUAUACAUACUGUACUGUAGCUCAUGGUUUUGUGUAAACAUAAUAGAACGGGCUCUCCACUCUUAAGACUGAUGUAAAGUUCAACACAUGUUUGACAAAUACAAUAAAUGUGAGAUUUUUUUUCAAAUGUCAUGUUGCUCAUUAAUGGCGUUUUGCUACGACGGUACAUCAGAUAACUUUGACUUAUUUUGUUAUGAAUACUCAUACUAUUAUCUCGGGUUAUAAGUACCGAACACCUUGAAAGAUAAACUGGUGAAUAUGUGUCAAAUUUAUUUUCUCUAUUUUUUCCCUAUAAUGCCUCCACAGUUUGAACAGAUUGUUUCACCAAAUUUUUCAGAGAGGCCAAAUCUGUCCAUGUAAUUCAAAGAUAAGAAACUCAGGUAGGAAAACUGCAUUGUGAACAGUUCUGUGUGGUUGUAACACUAAUAAAGGUUCACUGACUCUGCUUUACAGUAUUCCAUUAAGUAUAUUCUUGAAUGAGCACCACUUUUGGCACACUGAAGCAGCACU